CUGAACUCAGCCAAAAUCACAAAGCAUAUAUUUUUUUCUAAGUCUUGAAGAUUACGCACAAUGAAAAGACACAUAAUUUUAGUUUAAGUCAAGUCUUCGUGAGAACUUUAGACUGAAGCAUUGCUGCUUUGGCUCAAGGAAUCAGCACAAUCUUCAUAUAAAAAAGGAUUUUUACAGCACGAUAGCUAAGGAUUUGUUUCCCUGUCACUCAGGACAAACUAAAAGGCACAGUUGUUCAGAAAACCAAGAAACACAAUGGGAACUUUGAAUACUUUAUUAGUUGUGGUUCUUCUGUUUGGAACAAGGGGGUUCUGUCAAUAUGAAGACUAUGAUUAUGACUCAGAAUAUGGUCCUGAGAGGGAUAAUGAUUUCCAUUCACCCAUUCAGUUUACUCACAAUAUAGACUAUGGUGUUCCAUAUGUUCAAUACAGCACUGAUUGUGCUAGAGAAUGCCUCUGCCCGCCAACCUUUCCUAUGACCAUAUACUGUGACCAUCGGAGACUCAAAGUCAUUCCUCAAAUCCCUUCUCGCAUUCAACAGCUCUACCUACAGUUCAAUGACAUUGACUCUGUGAAAGCAAAGUCAUUUAUUAAUGUCACUGUUCUAAAGGAAAUCAAUCUGAGCCACAACAAAAUAACGUCCAACAAGAUUGAGGUUGGUGUGUUUGCAAAGUUUCCGCAUCUGGUACAACUCUACUUGCAUCAUAAUCAGUUGGAUGAGAUCCCAUCACCUCUUCCAAGUUCGGCUGAGAGAAUUUUUCUAAAUUUUAAUAAGAUCACCAAAGUGAAAGAGCACGAUCUCCAGGGUUUAGUAAAUCUGACUAUGCUUGAUUUAUGCAACAACCACAUAGAAGCAAUUCAAGGAAAGACCUUGGCCAGACUUAAAAACCUUAUGCAAGUCAACAUAUGCAACAACAAUCUGAAAUCUUUGCCAGCAACUCUUCCACCUUCUCUAAUGUACUUGUCUCUGGAAAACAAUUCCAUUUCCAGAAUUCCUGAGGAUUAUUUUACCAAGCUCCAAAAUCUAAUAGCUAUUCGAAUGUCACACAACAAUCUUGAGGAAGUGACAAUGAAGGCAUUUAACCUUCCCAAUCUUGUGGAACUAAACCUGGGUCACAACAAAUUACAGAAUGUUUUUUAUGUCCCAAGAUCACUGGAGCAUUUAUACCUUCAGGACAAUGAGGUUGAAAUUUUAAACAUUACUGUGAUGUGUCCAGUUAUGGAUCCAAUUUAUCCAAAUCGCCUCACCUACCUCAGGGUAGAGCAAAAUAAGUUAAAGGCUCCUAUAAGCACAUACGCUUUUCUGUGUUUCCCUCAUAUGCAAAGUAUUUAUUAUGGUGAACAGAAACAAGAUGGCGGAGACAACCCGCAGCUAAGGCCCCCUAUGUUUCCUCAGUUUCCAGGACCAGAUGAGGAGGAAGAAGAGGAUGAAAGAGAAGCAGCUGGCGAAUACCACGGUCAUUGGCAUGAAGAGGAAGAUAAUGACUUUGAUGAUUAUACAUAUUAACUAGUGUGUAAACCUUAAAGUGAUAGUAAAGUCAAAAUUAAAUGUUCACAGUUCAAAUAGAGCAUGCAAUUUUAAAUAUAUUUCCAAUUUACUUCUAUUAUCACAUUGCUUUCAUUCUCUUCAUAUCCUUUGUUGAGAGAAAAGCUAGCAUGUAUAUAUAUAUAUAUAUAUAUAUAUAUAUCUAAUCCAACAGAAAGGCACUCACCGGUAUUUGAAGAAAUAGUUUUCUUUAUUAGUGACAUUUCGGGGAGUUUAACCCCUUCCUCAGACCAUAAAAAACAUAUAUAUAUAUAUAUAUAAAUAAUCUGCAAGGUUUACUCUUAUACAUGUGCAGCCCAAUGACCAGCUAACUCCCUGUAGCUUUAAAAGGGACAGAGAACACCUUGUAAUUACAAUACAUUCCUGUUGUGUUGCUACAGAAAAACAUUUCAGCCAAGUCUUUAAAACGGGAUAUGAUACCCAAAUGUAUUUAUUUUUUCAUGAUUCAGAUAGAAUCAUUUUAUUUCUAUUAUUUAAUUUAUUUUGUUCUCUUAGUAUCCUUUAUUAAAAAGGAUACAUAAGUAGUCUAAGGAGCUUCUGAUUGCUGGCUACACAUAUUUGUCUCAUGUGAUUGCCUCACCUAAUGUGUUUAGCUAGCUCCCAGUAGUGCAUGCUGCUUCUUCAACAAAGGAUACAAAAAGAAUGACGCAAAUUAGAUAAUUAAACCCCAAAUUGUUCUUUCAUGAUUCGUAUAGAACAUACAUUUUUAAACCAUUUUCCAAUUUACUUCUAUGUCCCUGUGACAUUUUUAAACCAUAUUAACAUCCUUUUUACCCCCCAUUUGCGUUAUUUGGAGGAGCUUAUCUAGGCUUUAGUCUGCAAAGCUGGACUUUGUGCAAUGUGAACACAGAUGUAAUCAGUGACCAAAGGCAGCCUGACUAUCUUAUUAUAAACCAUUUAUUGUGCUUUUAAAUAGGGUCUUAAGCUGAUAAUCUUGUGCAUCUCAUUUACUUCUAGAGACAUUAAAUACUCAGAAAUAUACAAGUAAGACUUUUAAAAGCUUGGGAUUAUUAACCUUCUUUAAUCAGAGUACUAUUUAUACAGUUUUCUACAAAGUAAAUAUAGAACAUUGCAUUUCUGUCAGGGGUUGUAGUUGUUUGCGCUAUAAAAUCAAAGCUACUGAACAAAGAUGUGCCAUUCAGUCUCUAUUCAGCGUUGUAUUAGAUAAAAUAUUUCACAUUACUGUA